AUGUCUGACGGGCAUGGGGAGCCAAAUCAAAAUAGAAAAGAAAGCGUGAAAGCCACAGCUAAUGUACCUAGUGACAGCCCUGUGACCGACCCUGGACAUGUCAGGAACAGUAAUACCGAGGGUACUGCUGCGAAGUUUGAGGGUCAACGCGGAAAAUCCGGAGCAUUGAAGAAGUCUGCCAGAUACCGAAGCAGGUCUUUGUCGGCCUCAUCUGCUGAUUCCUACAGCUCUACAUCAUAUACUGGGUCAUCAUCAGAUGAGGAGGAGGGUGUUCAACCCCACGAGAAAGCGAUAGCAAGCGGGCAAGCCAAUCCGCCCUACUGCGUGCGGAAUGUGGAACAGCAUGCGUUUGGACGGAGAGAGAUAGAGAUAGCAGAGCAGGAGAUGCCGGGUAUCAUGGCGCUGCGGGCGCGGGCCAAAGAUGACAAACCGCUGAAGGAUGCCAAGAUAGUCGGGUGCACGCACAUAAACGCCCAGACAGCAGUGCUUAUAGAGACGCUAGCGGCGUUAGGCGCUACGGUGCGCUGGGCGGCAUGCAAUAUCUACAGCACUCAGAACGAGGUAGCAGCGGCCCUGGCACAUGCUGGUUUCGCAAUAUUCGCGUGGCGCGGCGAAAGUGAGGAGGCUUUCUGGUGGUGUAUAGACCAGUGUUGUACUCCAACGACGAACUGGCAACCAAAUAUGAUCCUAGAUGAUGGAGGCGAUGCGACGCACCUCAUGCUGAAGAAGCACCCGGCUGCCUUCAAGCAGAUCAAGGGCAUAGUGGAGGAAAGCGUGACCGGUGUCCACCGUCUGUACCAGUUGAGCAAGGCCGGGAAGCUCUGUGUCCCCGCCAUGAACGUGAACGACUCCGUCACCAAGACCAAGUUUGACAAUUUAUACUCGUGCCGAGAGAGUAUAAUUGACGCGCUAAAACGUAGCACGGAUUUGAUGUUUGGUGGCAAGCAGGCUGUGGUGUGUGGCUACGGAGAAGUUGGUAAAGGCUGCUGUCAGGCUUUGAAGGCUUUAGGAUGUGUGGUCUACGUCACGGAAAUAGAUCCGAUUUGCGCUUUGCAAGCGGCUAUGGAUGGAUUUAGAGUAGUCAAACUUACCGAGGUGAUAAGACAAGUAGAUAUAGUGAUAACGGCGACAGGCAAUAAGGGUGUCGUCACAAGAGAGCACAUGGAGCGAAUGAAGAACGGCUGCGUUGUGUGCAACAUGGGGCACAGUAACACCGAGGUGGAUGUGCACUCAUUACGCACGCCAGACCUAUUGUGGGAGCGUGUUCGAAGCCAGGUGGACCAUAUAAUCUGGCCAAAUGGUAAACGUAUAGUACUGCUGGCUGAAGGCAGACUUGCCAACUUAUGUUGCUCAUCUUUACCGUCGUUUGUCGUGUCAGUGACAGCGGCAACACAGGCACUUGCUCUCAUUGAGCUGUACAAUGCACCACAACAUAGGUAUAAGGCGGACGUAUACCUUCUACCUAAGAAAAUGGACGAAUACGUCGCAAGUCUACACCUGCCAACAUUCGACGCGCACUUGACAGAGCUAACGGACGAACAAGCGAAGUACUUGGGCCUCAACAAAGUUGGCCCUUUCAAGCCGAACUACUAUCGAUAUUAG